CAAGGUUAUAUAUAUAUUGGAUGUGUUUGAUGAGAAAAGGAGCAUCAAGGAGAAAAAAACAGAGUGAUGGGAAACAUUGAUCUUGAUCCAGCUUUCAUACAAUCCACAGAACACCGUCCUGUACCCAAGGUGGUGGAAGUGAGUGAGAUUCCAGUGAUUGAUCUCUCAGGAAGCAGAGAUGAAUCAUUGAUCAUCUCAGAGAUUGGGAAGGCCUGUGAGGAAUGGGGGUUCUUUCAAAUUGUUAAUCAUGGGGUUCCCUCUGAAUUAUGCAAAGAGGUUGAGAUUGAGGGCAAAAAGUUCUUUGGGUUGGAAUCAGAGGAGAAAAGAAAAGUGAAAAGAGAUGAGGUUAAUGCAAUGGGAUACCAUGAUGGAGAACACACCAAGAAUGUUAGAGACUGGAAAGAGGUCUUUGAUUACCUUGUUGAAGACAAUGCACAGGUUCCAUCCUCUUAUGAACCAGAUGACAAAGAUCUCAGAACACUCACCAACCAGUGGCCCCAGCACUCCCCCCAGUUCAGGAAAACGAUGGAAGAGUAUGCUAGAGAAGUGGAAAAGCUAUCAUACAAAUUGUUGGGGUGGAUCUUAUCAAGCUUAGGUUUGGCUGCUGACAAAUUCCAUGGCUGCUUCAAGAACCAACUCAGCAUGGUGAGACUGAACUACUACCCUCCAUGCCCUUUUCCUCAUCUGGCACUUGGUGUUGGUCACCACAAGGAUUCCAGUGCUCUCACUGUGCUUGCACAAGAUGAGGUUGGAGGGCUGCAAGUCAAGAGAAAAUCAGAUGGAGAAUGGAUUCCAGUUAGGCCCUGCCCAAAUGCAUACAUCAUCAAUGUUGGAGACAUAGUUCAGGUUUGGAGCAAUGACAAGUAUGAGAGUGUGGAACACAGGGUGGUGGUGAACACGACCAAGGAAAGAUUCUCAGUUCCGUUCUUCUUUUUUCCAGCUCACCAUGUGAAUGUGAGUCCUGCAGAGGAGCUUGUUAGUGAGGAAAAUCCAGCAAAGUUCAAAGAAUACAACUAUGGCAAGUUCUUUGCUAACAGAAACCGCAGUGAUUUCAAGAAGCGUGAUGUGGAGAAUAUCCAAAUUCAGCACUUCAGGAUCCUGAAUUAGCCUAAUGUGUUUAAGUUCUUGUAUUUUCAUCUUUCCAAAUAAAAGCAUGUGCAUGCAAGAAGAUGUGAAUUAUGUCACAGUGUUCUAGCUAGUACUGUGUUCCAACUUCUAAACUGUAAUGAGACAAUGUAAUUUGCAUUUGCAUGGCCAUCAAUUUCAUGGAGAUUUUACUAUUUCCAA